GAACAGUCAGACUCAGAAACAGUGAGAAAACGAGUUUUAACCAAUGAAAUUCACUCUGACUGGUUUGUGAUUUCUGCAGAAACAGACCUAUAGAAUGAAACUAGUUUCUGACUGUUUUCAACCAAUGAAAUUCGCUCUGACUGGUUUGAGAUUUCUGGAGAAACAGACCUACUAUUAUUUUGUAUCAAGUAGUAUGUUUUCGAACGCCUGCAAUCUGAUUUGAACGAAAUCUCGACAUUGAUCUCGACAGAUUACAAGAUGCACAAAACUGCAAACUGUCAACACAACUGCCUCCCCCAUCAAAAUCGAGUCUUAACUCUGUGCCAUGUCUCAACAAGAAAGAGUCCAAGAAGAGCUGGAAGCUCUUGAAGCUAUUCUAAUGGAUGAUAUCUCUAUAACUUAUAAUGCUAAAGGUUGUGCCGAACUAGUCAAAUCCGUAAUAUUCCCAUCUACAGCCAAUGAAGUCGACAAACAAUAUGUUUGUGUUACAUUGGAGGUGGAACUGCCCCAAGACUAUCCAGAUUGUAAGCCCGUUACAAGGUUGAAAAGUCCUAGAGGCUUAGAUGAGUCCACUGUUGACCAUUUGUAUAAGGAAAUUGCUAACAAGUGUGAAGAAUAUAUUGGACAUGCUGUUAUAUAUGAGUUGAUUGAGUUAAUCAGACAAAAUCUUACUGAAAGCAAUUUACCAACUUGUCAGUGUGCCGUAUGUUUAUACGGGUUUUCUGAGGGCGACAGUUUUACAAAAACCCAAUGCUUUCACUACUUCCACAAUUAUUGUCUUGCCAAGCACGUAACUGUUAAUGAAAAAAAUUUCCUGGAAGAACAAGAUAAAUUGCCAGCUUGGAAACGGAGUACUGUUGGGUUUCAGGCUACAUGCCCUGUAUGUAGGGAACCGAUUUCCUGUGAUGGAACCAAGCUCAAAACGUCGUUGCCCCCAAAAGAACUUCAAGAUGCUCAAAAAUUCGAAGUCACUCAAGAAUUGAAGAUGCUGCAACAGAAAAUGCAACAAUUAUUCAACUAUCAAAAGAGCAAAGGUGGGAUUAUCGAUAUCGAAGCUGAAGAAAAUAAACUCCUUUUGAUUACCAAUUCUGAGGAUAAUAAUUCAGAGGAUCCUGGUCCAAGUCUUUCGUCCAGUAAUCCUCCAGUAGAGCAACAGCCAUUACACAACGGACUUCAAAACCGUAAUCAUAACCAAAGACAUUAUUCCAAAUACUCUAAUAGAUGACUAUGGCAUUUUAAAAUCACUGAAAUUGUAUGCAAGAAUACUCGUAGAUGUUUUAGGAUUUUGGUAUUCCAUUAUUUAGCAGCUAGUGCGAUCAAUUUGCCCUUUUAGAUGUUUUUUUUUUGUUUUUUUUUCUUAUGAUGAUUAUUAUUCCACCUAUAAUAAAAUGUAAUGGAUGUUUGUACUAGGAAGAUAUCUAGGUUCCUAGGUAUCGAAAUCAUAGAUUGAAACAAAUAAGUAUAUUAAAAAUAAAAAAGAUGCA